AUGAGCCCAUUCCAGACAAUUUCGCUAUCAUCUUCGGAUACAAACGAGCUGCAAGCCAUUGCGAGGACUAUUUUAGCAGCGAAUCUCAAUCGCUAUCAGAAUUUCAAGGAGGUGGACUCAAGCUCAUGGAGACUUGUCAAGUGCCGAGAUCAAAUGCGAAUGUACGCGGAGCGUCGCUACCAGCGACGUAACUCUUUACCCCAAAGUAACCAGGUCGACGAUGUAGAAUUGCAGACCAUGUUGUGUGUCGGGUCAACUCCUGGUACAUUAGAAGAGGUGAUGUCCGGAAUUGCAAUUCCAGAAUUUAACCCAGCACAAACCAAGACCUCAUCAGCCAAUGAUGUCACCGCAGCUACGACUCUAGCAAAAGUUCAGGAGCCGACCUUAAAAAACCCUCUCACUUCCGUUAAGGUAAAAUGGGUGGAAUUGGAUGUUCGACGGCGAUCAAUGGGCUUUAUCAAGAACCGCGACUAUACUUACGUCGAAGCCACAGGAAUUGAGCAUUUACCGAUAACUGGACGUGUGGGUUACCACCUCAUGCACUCAGUGGACAUUCUCCAAGCGCCAGCGCUUCCAGGACGUAUUCGUGGCAAAUUAUCGGUGUGUUUUUUCUUUCGACAAGAGAAAGAAACCUCAGUUUCUGUCUAUGCGAUGUGGAUGAUGAAUUCCAUGAACGAACAAGCUCGACGAGUGAUCAUUCCCCAUUUUUCUCAAAUGCUAUUGUCAAUGUUUACAGCCCCAGAGGAUGGCAGAAUCAAGAAAUUGAAGGACACCCUCGGAAAAAGUUACGCAGAGCUGAACAACUUUAAGGGGGUGAAGCUGGCCACGCCGUAUUUUACGUGCGUAACUUGCACCAAGCGCGUGUGGGCCUUUGGCAAGUUUACAAGCCAGCACAACACGUGUAAGAUAUGCUUGGGACAUAUUUGCAACUCGUGCAAGAUCGACAAGAAGCCAAAGUUCCUCACCUCAAACGUCAAGGAAACCACGAAGGACCACACGUUGUGUUUCGCUUGUCUGGGCGAUGUGAUCACAGCCGAAGCCUCCGAAUUAUCCAAAACCAAGAAUCCAAGGAACGCCUCCGGACUACUUCGUCGUAUGUGUCAUUCAGUUCGGACAUUAAGAUCACCAGGGUGGGGCAUGAAGAGUAGUGAGCCGUCAGCUAGCUUCUCUAGCUAAACGAAAGUGCAAAACUUCGAAUUUGGGGGGAGAAGCUUUUUCUUAGCUAGUGUACUACUACAAGUGUUCGGAGUAUGAGUAACAAGUACUAGUAUUGUUUUAUCGGA